CAUUGGCAUUUGCUAUCAUUUUUUUGCAAUCUAACUAUGAUUACAUAAUCCGUUAGUCAUCAGUUAAAAGGUGACAAUUUUUUUCAGUUCUAGAAAGUUCGAGAUACUUCUGGUUUAUGUGCAGUCACUAACAAAUUGAUAAAUGAUCUGUCUGCUUCGAUAUCACCAUGUUCUAUAAAUAUGAUGAUACAUAACAUUCAACUUUAUCAUUCCUUUUUGAUGUUGUUUUCUCUUUCGUUUCUUAUUUAAUUUCAGUUAAUAACUAUAUAAAUUAUCAUAAGUUACAAUGGACGAAACACAAUUCACUGAUAACGCAUUAAAGAUUAUUAAUAAUGCUUCACAAUUAGCAAAGGAAAAUUCCAAUGCUCAAAUUGUACCAUUACAUUUCCUUGCUGCCAUGAUACCUACUGAUGAUGAAGCUAAUUCAACCUCAUAUUUAAGAACUUUGAUUCAAAAGGGUAGAUUUGAAUGGCCAGCAUUUGAAAGAACUGUUAAUAAACAUUUAGUAAGAUUACCAUCUCAAACUCCUGCUCCAGAUGAUUUAAGAAUGAGUUAUGCUGCUGGUCAAGUUAUACAAAAUGCAAUCAAGAUCAAAGGUCAACAAAAGGAUAGUUAUAUAGCUCAAGAUCAUAUAUUAUUGGCCUUGUUGGAUGAUCAAUCAAUUAAAGAUAUUUUAAAAGAAGCCAGUGUUAAAGUUGAAACUUUAAAAGCUCAAGCUAUUGAAUUAAGAGGUAGUCAAAGAAUCGACUCUAGACAAGCUGAUUCCUCUUCCAAUUAUGAAUUCUUAAAUAAAUAUUGUGAAGAUUUAACUGAAAAGGCUAGAGAAGGUAAAAUUGAUCCUGUCAUUGGUAGAGAAGAAGAAAUUAGAAGAGUUAUAAGAGUAUUAGCCAGAAGAACCAAAUCAAAUUCAGUUUUAAUUGGUGAUGCUGGUGUGGGUAAGACUUCUAUUGUAGAAGGUGUAGCCCAAAGAAUCAUUGAUGGUGAUGUUCCAAACGUUUUAGCUAAUUCAAGAUUAUUUGCCUUAGAUUUAGGUGCAUUGACUGCAGGUGCUAAAUAUAAAGGUGAAUUUGAAGAAAGAAUAAAAGGAGUUUUGAAUGAAAUAGAACAAUCCAAAGAAUUUAUUAUUUUAUUCAUUGAUGAAAUUCAUAUGUUAAUGGGUGAUGGUAAAUCUGAUGCUGCUAAUUUAUUAAAACCAAUGUUAGCAAGAGGUACCUUACAUUGUAUUGGUGCUACUACAUUUUCAGAAUAUAGAAAGUAUAUUUCCAAAGAUGGUGCUUUUGAAAGAAGAUUCCAAAAGAUUGAUGUUCCAGCUGCUACUGUUAAUGAAACUAUCGCAAUCUUAAGAGGUAUUCAACCAAGAUAUGAAAUUCAUCAUGGAGUUAGAAUCUUAGAUAGUGCCUUGGUUACUGCUGCUCGUUUAGCUUCAAGAUACUUGACGUAUAGAAGUUUACCUGAUUCAGCUGUUGAUUUAAUUGAUGAAACUGCUGCUGCUGUGGCUGUAGCCAGAGAUUCUAAACCAGAAGAAUUAGAUAGUUUAGAAAGACAAUUACAUUUAGUUGAAGUUGAAAUCAAUGCUUUACAAAGAGAUGUUGAAGCUGAUGCUGCUUCUAAAGAUAGAUUAGAAUUGGCUAACAGAAAGAAGGCUGAAAUUGAAGAACAAAUUAAUCCAUUAAGAGAAAGAUUUAAUCAAGAAAGAGCAUCUCAUGAUGUAUUAAUUGAAGCUAAGAGAAAAUUAGAUGAAUUAGAAAUUAAAGCUCAAGAUGCUGAAAGAAGGCAUGAUACCGGUUCAGCUGCUGAUUUAAGAUAUUUUGCCAUUCCAGAAGUUGAAAAAAGAAUAGCUGAAUUAGAAGAUAAAGUAGCUGAGGAAGAAGCUUCCAAUGGUCCUGAAUCAUUAUUAAGAAAUGCCGUUGGUUCAGAACAAGUGGCUGAAACUGCUGCUAGAUUAACCGGUAUUCCAGUUACUAAAUUAACUCAAGCUGAAAAUUCUAAAUUAAUCAAUAUGGAAAGUGAAUUAGCUGCUGGAGUUGUAGGUCAAUCAGAAGCCAUUAAAGCUGUUGCUAAUGCGGUUAGAUUAACAAGAUCUGGUUUAGCUAAUCCAAAUCAGCCAGCUUCAUUCUUAUUCUUAGGUUUAUCGGGUUCUGGUAAGACUGAAUUAGCCAAGAAAGUUGCUGGAUUCUUAUUUGCAGAUGAAAAAGCCAUGAUUAGAAUUGAUUGCUCAGAAUUAGGUGAUAAAUGGUCUGCUUCAAAAUUAUUAGGUGCUGCCCCUGGUUAUGUUGGUUAUGAAGAAGGUGGUAUUUUGACUGAAGCCUUAUUAAGAAGACCAUAUUCGGUUUUAUUAUUUGAUGAAGUUGAAAAGGCAGCUCCAGAAGUCUUAACUGUGUUAUUACAAAUCUUAGAUGAUGGUAGAGUUACUUCAUCUCAAGGUAAAGUUAUUAAUUGUUCCAAUGCCAUUAUCAUUAUGACUUCCAAUUUAGGUGCUGAAUACGUGAAUGCAGCAAGAACUGCUAAGAUUUCUCCUGAAACAAAACAAUUAGUAAUGGGAGCUGUUAAAGCACAUUUCAGACCUGAAUUCUUAAAUAGAAUUUCAUCUACCGUGAUAUUCAAUAGAUUAUCAAGAAAAGCCAUUGCUAAGAUUGUUAAGAUUAGAUUAGAUGAAAUUGAGAAGAGAUUUGCUGCUAAUGGUACGACCUUGAAAUUAGAAGUUGAUGAUGCUGCUAUUCAAUAUUUAUGUACCAAUGGUUAUUCACCAGAUUUAGGUGCUAGACCAUUAAACAGAUUAAUCCAACAAGAAUUAUUGAACCGUCUUGCAGUAUUAUUAUUAAAAGGACAAAUCAAAGAUAAAGAAACUGCUACAGUUACAGUUGGAGAAAAAGGUUUAGAAGUAUUACCAAACCAUGCAGCUGAUGACAUUGACAUGGAUGUUGAUGUUGAAGAUUGGAAGGAUACCGAUGAUGAAGACGAUGAUGAUGGUACCUUUGGUGAUUACGAUAAAUUAAGUAUUCCAGGUCUUGAUUAGUUUGAUUUGAUAUUUUGUUUGUAUUUAUAUUGGGUGUUUGUUAGACUCUAACAAACUGUAUUUUAAAAGACUUGUUAUAUAGGAUAUUAAUGCAUAUUUAAUUAAUAAAUUAAUAAAGUAAUUAAAA